AUGGAGGUGCUGUCUACCCUGCAGAAGCCUCGCUGGACGGCGCGCGACUCGGUCUGUCUCGGGCUCGCGGUGUUCGUGCUGCUCAACGUGCUCAUGUGUCUGUGGGUGGCUGCGACUUCCAUGUCAACCGCGCGGCGUCAAGCCGACGCCGUCUUCUUCGCAGUGAGGAACGCGUCGACAAUCGAGUUCAACCUGUCGCUGCUGCAGACGAACAUGAGCUCUGCUGGCCCACUGCAUGCACUCAACGUGACGGGCCGACUGCGGCCUCGUCUCUCGGAGUGCUCGCGCAGGCUCCAUUUCGACGGACGCAUGGUGGUGGCGUCCUCGAACCAGACCGAGGAGUAUGUGCUGACGAACCAUCGAGGGUACCGCCGGCCGCUUGGCAACAGCGGCGCGAAUGCAACGUGCCUGACGACGCAGGACCUUCCGCCGCUGCACACGCUGGCGGACGCAGUGCACAGCGCGUUCCGGCCGCAGGUCUACACGGCGUUCAAGGUCAGCUGCAAGCCGCUGCAGUUCGAGUUCGACGGCCUGCCCUUCGUGGCUGGUGACAGCCAGUGGCUUGUGGUUCGUGGCAAGCAGGCUGCGCUGCAGCUCAACGUGCUGUCCAGCACCACUACGGAGGCGGAUCCACCGUUUGAAGGGCUGGCUCACUGCGAGUAUCUUGAAGCGCCCAUGACCUCAGGUGAGCUGUGCGCGGUGCAGCCGAUGCGAUGCCCCGGUCCACACAUCGAUGCUUGCAAGAAGCGCAUGAAGCGAGAGGAGUCAUGA